AUGGACCUGUUUGAGCUUGGAAAACAGCACUUUGUCCUUCUCGUGGACCACUGGAGUGGAUUCUUCGAGGUCCAAGAACUUACGAGAACUACCGCCGACAAAGUUAUAGUAGCAUGCAAAGUCCAGUUUGCACGACAUGGAAUCCCGGACACAGUGAUAACCGAUAACGGACCUCAGUUUUCCGCCGCAGAAUUUUCAACAUUCGCAAAUGAUUGGCAGUUCAAACAUGUAACGUCGAGCCCUCGCUACCCGCAAUCAAAUGGCCGGGCAGAGAAUGCGGUCAAGACCUGCAAAAUGCUGUUGACAAAAGCCAAAGCUGCUGGUCAAGACCCAUUGCUGGCGAUUUUAGAUUGGAGGAAUACCCCCACAGAGGGUUUGGGAACAUCUCCUGCCCAACGGUUGAUGGGGCGGCGUACGCGAACACUGCUACCGACUCACAAAAAUCUUCUCAAACAGCCAAUCAGUGAAAGCACAAGAGAUAAACUAGUUGCUCGGAAAUCGCGACAAAUUCACCAUUAUAACAAGACACACCAACCUCUUCAACCAUUAAAGAAAGGUCAAGCUAUCCGAAUGAAAUUGCCAAACGCAACAAAAUGGACGCUUAGAACUUGUACCAGGGUUUUAGACAACAGAUCAUACGAAGUAGAUGUGAGCGGUAGGAUGUACCGCCGAAAUCGCCGACAACUACGGGCAUCGCAAGAAAGACCUCCAACACCACCUGUUGCUGGGAGUGAUCCUGAGUUUGAACCUGAGCAGAGCAGAAGGGAACCAGAGAACCGUUUGGUGGAGAAUGAAGCUAACCCCGAACACACACCAUCAUUAGACAGUGCACCCUCAGCUGAGAACAGCGAAAAACCACCACGACGCUCAGAACGUGUAAGAUGCAAACCUGGGUGGCACAAGGAAUAUGUAAUGGAAUGA